AUGAUGUCCGACAAAGUGGUGUUGAGACCAGUUGUGACUGAAGACAACGCCAUUCAAAUCAUCGAUGAUUUCCUGACAAUUGAUUUUAGUAUAGCUAUAAGACAAGUGAACAGCAAUGGAGUGAAAAGUGAUGUUCAACUCGUGGCGAGUGAAUCAAACGAAGUCAACACAUUUGUAGCCCUCUUUGAUGACAACGACAUCGACUUCGAGAUCGAAGUCCACAACCGAUCGCUCACUAAGAAUAUGGGCUUUGAUAUGACUUAUGUCGAGAAAUACUCGUAUUUCGCCCGAAGAGGAACGGGUGGUGUGUUUGAAGCACUCGAAGACAACGGACAUCACUUACUGGAUGAAAAUGGGGACAAAAGUGCCGUUGAUUUGAGAUAUGGAUCCACGAGACAGACAUUUGUCGCCCUCUUUGAUGAUAAAGAAACCGAUUUUGAGAUCAAAGUAUACAACGGAUCCCACACUCGAAUGGCAUUUGAUAUAGUAUUUGGCAAAACAUAUCCUUUCUAUAUCUCUGCGGGACAUAAAUUUCGCUUCAAAACGCUUCAAAACAAUGGACAUCACUUGCGCUUCUUGUCGCCAAACCUACCGACGGGACAAUCGGUGGUCGAUAUGAUCGCAAACAAAGACCCCGACAGCAGAAGGAACGCAGAGAUCAUGUGUUCGCGAAUGAAAUUUAAAUUAGGUUUGAGACCAGUUAUCACUCGAGACAAUGUGAUUGUAAUCACUGAUAAAUCAAAGAUCAACUUUCGAGUAACUAUAAGACAAGUGGACAGCAAUGGAAUCAAAAGUCGUGUACAACUGAGAAAUAGCCUCUCAAGCGAUGGCAAUGUAUUUGUGGCCCUCUUUGACGACAACGAAAUCGACUUCGAGAUCGAAGUCCACAAUCGAUCGCUCACUAAGAAUAUGGACUUUGGGUUGACUUAUGGCAAGAAAUACGCGUUUAUUGUCGGCAAAGGAGAAGAUUAUGCGCUAAAAACGCUUGAGAAAAACGGACAUCACUUGCGUUUCUUGAGUCCAAACCAACCGAUGGCUCAAUUAAUAGUGGAUUUGUUGGCCAACGAAUGCGUGGACCGAAAGAGAGCUGAAAUGAUUUGUUCGCGCAUUAAGUUUAAUGUGAAGGUCGAGAAAGAAAAAGUCCCCAAAUUUGUACCAAAAAUGAUAUUAUUGGGUGAAUUGAUUCACGUAUUUGUGUGGAAUAGACAAAUAAUUGGCAAAAACCUCAAACUGCUGGUCGGUCUCCAAAAUACUUGUCACGACCUCAUGGUUAUGAUAGAAGAGAAAGCAGGCAUUCAUAUCGGCGUUCAGAGACUGUAUUGCAGUCGCGGGGGAAGAAUGAAUUUACGCGACACUCUCAGUGAUUGGCAAAUCCGAGACGGCGAUGAGUUAAUGCUUAUUCCUCAACAAUCUGGUGGCGGUCCACAGCCUAAGUCUACUCUCCCAACACAUGCAUUGAACGGCGAUAUCGUUUCCCCCGUCGACGACAACUUCGGUCGCAGAGGUGUCGUUGGGUUCGGCCGUAAAACUCAUCAAAACUUUGAAAAAUAUCAUGGAUUCAUUGCCGACAAAGACUAUUAUAUCGAACCGUUUUUCAUUGAAUUCAGACUUAAAAAUUUUUCCGUGUCUUUGACCCAAAAUUGUGGAUCAAUUGGCGGAUCAAAUGCGGUGUCGAUGGCCAACAAAAUCAAGCUAAAGCCCACCGUCGGUGACAACAACCAGAUCUCGAUCGCCACGGACUCCAAGUCUAUCGACUUUAAGCUAUGGCUGCGAACAGUAGACGACGACAAUAUCGCCAAACGGGUGGAACUGUUGGCGGGGAUCGAGAAGAACGUCUUCGUGGCGCUCUUCGACGACGGCGACCACGACUUCGAGAUUGUGGUCCGCAAUGAGUCCCUAAAGGCGGACCUUUGGCUGGAGAUAACGUACGAUCGGAUGCAUAAGUUUAUCAUAUAUAGAGGCGAUCGCCGCAACUUCAAGACACUGGAGGACAACGGCUAUCGACUCCGCUUUAUGACACCCAAUCGGCCGAAGGGAAACACUUUCGGCGAUAUAUUCCCGUCAGGAAUGGUAGACAUGAACACCAAAAUUCAAAUCAUUUCCAAUUACGUGGGUUUCGGUCUGGACUUCGGUAAAUGCAUGGGUAAUAUGGGGUGGACUGACGACAAGCCCAAAGCCAAACGCGUGAAGAAGGAAGAGGGCGACCAGAAAGACCUCAACGAACGAAUCAAACUUAAGGUUAGGGUUAAAAAGUCGAAAACCAUUGUUUUGAUUACAAUCGCUCGCAACCAAACCGUCGAUGAGCUCAAGAAGCUUAUCGAAGACCGAACUGAGAUCAGUCCCGCCCGACAACGACUGGUGGCCGACGGCGGCAAAACUCUUGAAGACACGCAGACCAUCGAUGAGUGCGGAUUGGAGGACAAGUCGACUAUUUUGGUGUUUCGCGUGUCAAUCGGUAAGGAGAAGAAGAAACCGCAGGUCGAGAGAAAGGUCUAUAUCAAGAACGAGAAGAUAUACGCGGUCUCGAAGGGCGGCAAUGCCGGCGCUCCUCAGGCUUUGGGCGAUGUUAUCGGCGAUUCGGGUGCUCUCGGCUACGGCAAGAAGACCAGAGAGUACUUCGGCUCGAAAUCGGAUUUCCUUACUAUUCGCAAAUAUAGAGUACAGGACUUUAAGAUUGAUCUCAGACUGAAGAGGGCUUACGACCCGAAGAAUGGGAUCGUCGACUCAAGUACUAAUGCCGCAAACGGUUCCACCGAAACCCCUGAGCCAUCGACUAGUGGUCCUUCAAUUUGGAUGCCCUUCACGUUCCGCACCGACGAUAACAAACCCAUUCUCAUUGAACUCGAUUCUGACGAAGACGCCGACCCCUCCCCUCCCGAACCCCCAGCGACCGCAUCACCGCUUCCAUGA